GCGCAAUUUACAUAGCGGAUGCGGAUGAGUCAUCGAAUUUAACCAACUUCACAUUUAAUGCAGCGGUUCUCAUGGGUGUAGCAUCUCUUUACAGCAAAUUCAAUAUCUUAAAUAUAAAAUAACCGGAUCCUGUUUGAUGCAGGCAUGCGACCGAUCUGUUUCACUAUACCUAAGUGUGUUUAAAGUUUAAUAUGCAGAUUUGUGGCUCUUCAUUUCAUUUUUAAUUCUGGUGGGAGGAUUCAACAAACUGGACUUUUAACGGGACUCGAGCGCAUAUCAUACCAUACAAACCCAGGACAGCGUUGUCUCCGAUAAUGAAUUUGUUUACAUUCGUGUGCGCGAUCAUAACCCGAUUUUUAUUUAUUCUGGUGUCUCUCGUUGGAGUUUGGAGGGUGACCAAAGUGAAAAAUGACCAUUUGUACUGGUUACUAACUGUCUUUUAUCUUCCUUUGGUCGCGGAGAUGAUCAUUACUUUUAAGCGGAGAAAGGGGCAAGACUACAAAUGGUUUUCUCCAUCCAUCCUCUUCUUCCUCAUCAGUAUUAUACCCUCAAUCUGGAUUCUAGAGUUGCAUCAUCACGGGAACCGAGCUGGUAACCUCCAGUGUAUAAAGUUGGACUCCUGGGAGAAUGUCAAGAGCAUGCGUCUAGAGGGGUCUGUCCACUCUGUCUGUCCAAAGGACUGGAUCCUUGGUCUUCAUCAGGCUCUGCUCAUCCUUCUCAUCCUUGGGAAAUGGCUCCUCCCACUGGGGGGCGGAGUAACUCGUGACGAGCUGUCUCAGCUUUUGCUUGUCUUUGUUGGCACGGCAGCUGAUAUACUGGAAUUCACAAGUGAAUCAAUGUCUGAUGUGAAGGAGAACAACCAACAGGUGGUGUAUAUAAUUCUAGCAGUGUGGACGUGGAGUAUGUUGCAGUUUCCUUUUCAUCUGGCAGUUGUCACAUCGCGAUCGCAGAACUCAGAUGAGAGCGGCGACGGCUGUUGUAAUUUUCUGAUGUCAAGGCACAGCACAGAUAUUUGGAACAUUGUGGAGAGUUUGUUUAUCCAGGAUGGGCCCUUUCUCGUGGUUCGGCUCAUUGUGAUGAUUUACUUUGACGUUUUCCACCAGAUGUUGGUCUUCUUUGCCAUCAAAAACUUUCUAGUGGUCAUCCUCAACCUCUACAGACUCAUUGUUAUCUGUCUCGAUUUAAAACCGCCAUCAUCAUCUUCCUCUCCCCCGAUCUGAAGAAAGUCGUUGCAAGGACUGUGUUUGACAAGAACCCUUUAGUACUGUUCUUAAAUCUCCAAGCAGUUUGAAAAAGCUUCUCUUGCAGGAAUGUAUCGCAAUAAAAUUUAAUGUGGGAGAUGGAUUGCUUAUAAUGCUCUAAAGGACAUUUAUGUGUGACAACAGUUUUAUAAAAGUACUUUGACUUUUGUCUUUAUGUUGUAUAGCAAGUUGUUUAACAGCAUUGCAUUUAUAUUUGUUCAUACGACGGAUGCUUUUAUUCAAAGCAACUUAAAAAUGAGAGGGCAUUUAACAUUUGUCUAACUGUAAAAGAUUUGUUAAUUUUUUUAUAUUGUUUAGUUUUUACAAUAUACCUGUAUGUACAGUCAGUAUUGUGAAAUAACUGAUUCUAAAUCAUUCAAGUGUUUGAGAAAACUCUUAUUUGUUUGUCAAAUUUUAACAAGGAAACACAAAUGUAUUUCUUUAGCAAA